GAGCCCUCGUUAAUGUGUGUGUGUUCUGCAAACAGACAGCUCAGUGUUGGAGUCGGUGAAGCAACGCUGGAAUCUGAUUAAUCACAGAGGGAAGGAGGGGAGGGCAAGACGGCGGGGCAGAACUUCCUGGUAGGUUAGUGAAUAACCCCGAGGCGCGAGGGCUGCGUCCCAUUCCUUCCUUGUCGCCGUCAAGCAGAUCUUUCCCUCCCCAGCGAGAUGCACUACAAGGAGGUGGUGAGACGUUGGCACGAGGGGGUCGUUGCCGCCGAGGGGAAAGACUACGACGCGGCUCUGAGGAGCUUCACCGCCAUCGAGGAUCCGCCCUCCAGGAUUUGGUUUAACGUGGGGGGUAUUUACCUGCUCAGGGGGGAUUUGCCCCGGGCUUUGGAGGCGUAUGAUAAAUCGCUGGCCCAAGACCCCUGCCUGGCCGUGGGGUACUAUCAGCGGGGGUACCUACAGUUCAAGUUAGGGAGGUAUGAGAAGGCGCUGAGCGACUGCCACCUUGCCCUCUCCAACCUGAGGAACAACAGCUUCAUAGACUACAAACAGCUGGGGCUGCGCCACGUGCUCUUCUCCUGGGAGGCGCAGUACAACAUGGCCGCCGUCCUGUGUUCCCUGGGGAGAUGGGAGAGUGCGGAGGAGAAGCUGAAGGAAACCCUGCAAGGAGAUGGGAGAAAUGCCAAGCUGGACUGGGCUCUGGAUCAGGUGCAGAGGCGGAGCCUCCUCCAGCCAAUGAGUGUGCCCGAGGGGGAAUUUUUCAGGCCUCGCAAGCAGGAAGUGGAGCAGCUGAAUUCUGUGGACUUCCUGGGGAAACCUACAGUCAUUUCCUCCGUGGUACCCAAUGACCAGUACAGUGGGUUUGAGCCUCUACGCCCCCAGCAACCGGGAUUCUAUGAGCCGUGCCGGGAUGCCAUGCAAUGCCGGGAGGCCGGCUAUCACCGCGUCGUGGUGCAUUAUUACCCAGAGAAUUCCAAUGAAGUGGCAGUGAAAGCCAACAGCGUCCUGUUUGUCCUCAACAAAGAUGGCGACUGGGCCACGGCUAUUCACGAUGGGCAGAAAAUUCUCAUCCCGACCAGCUUCCUGGAGCCGACAAACCCACCCAAAGCCGACAUAAAGAAAAUGAACAACGGAAUUCCGCUGCCGCCAAUGAAAACGCCUCCCACAAGACCCAACGUGAGGCCGGGGAUGGAGCCGCUCACAGGGGUGCAAGCAGGAGCGCCGGUGCCCCCUCAGCCAGCAGGAGGCGCAGCAGAGCCCUAUAAGAUAAAAGCGCUGCCGGUGGGGAUGGAGCCAAUAGUGGAAGUGGCGGUACCUGUGCAGCGAUCCGUUCCGACCCAUAAGGAAACGGUGAGCAGGAAAGGGGCUGGUGUGGGCCGGUGGGGUCCAUGUUGCCCCAGACGAGGCUUGUUGCCCAUUUAUAACAUCUUAUACUUGUUUCCUUGGCAGGGAAACGUUCCAUUGGGAAACGACGCCAGUUUGGUGGAGGAUGCGGGACGUACCAUUAUCAAACCAAAGGGGGAAUCCGCUCCAGAGCCGGGACCCUUCCCUACCAGACAGACAGGGCCGGAUAAUGGGCCAAUGGCAACGCCCGUGCCGACGGAUGAUGACAAGCUAGUCCUGAGCGUUCAUGCAGAGUUCACCGUAAAUAUGACGGUCAGCAAGGCCAUUACCUACCCUGAGCUGCAGGGGGCGCUGAGGGAGGAGCUAAGGAAACACGGGGAACAGAUGGCCAAUCACCUGAGCUACAGGGACCCAGAGAGCAGGGGGCUCACCCCCGUGACGGGCAGUAAGGAUUGGCAGGAGGUGCUGAAGCUUAGCCGAGCCAAUCAAGUGACGUUAUGCUGCAAGGAGACGACUCUCUGCGCGGGGAGACCGGUUCUGUAUCGGAUGAGAGCGCAGUACGACUACCUGGCGCAGGGGCCGGCCGACCUGUCCUUCCAGCAGGGGGACCUCAUCAGCAUUCUGUCAGAAGUGAAUGGGGAGUGGCUGGAGGGGCACUGCCACAGGGGCAUCGGCAUCUUCCCCAAGUGCUUCGCCCAGCGCGCCGAGGGCAUCUGACUCCGGCACCGGGAAUGCACACACGGGGGGCUCCCCCUCUUUAUUCUUCCCAACGCAAUUGCCCCGACCCGACCCGAUCUCUAAGGCUAAGGGCAAACGCAUGAAGAACGAGGAUUGGAUGCGACUCAGUAGCCAAUCAGAGGGACUCUUAUUAAACCUGAGACAGGAUUGUACUUUCUAUGAAUUGUGUAAAUUGUGUGUAUAUUUGUGUAUAAUGUUCUACGAAUAAACUGUAACCUGUGA